CGUCACGUGGGUCACGUGCUUUUGUUACGUGUUUUGUAUUUAUUUUUAUGUAUUUAUUUAUUUUCCAUGCAUUUCUGACCCCACGAUCACGUCCGUCUUGUCAUUCGAUAUGAUCGUGAGAGACGAGGAUAGAUAGCCCAGUGGUCUCUCGUCUCGUGGUCUCUCAAAUCGUCCAACCCAAUCCCGACUAAUAUUUAAGGGAGAGAAGAAAACAUAAGACAAAUGCUACAGAUUAUUGUUUAAUAAUUUAUACACACUAUAACUGAGAAAUGAGUGGGACCACCCUGAACAAGUCGAGGACCAACUACCUGAGCACCGGGUCUUCGAGGGAGCCAAUCUGGACGCAAGUGUCCGGUGACCCCUCGGAAGAUUCAAAUAACACAGCAAGCCAUCCGCCGCCAAGACUGACGAAUUCCGAAAACGAAACAAGCAAUGGAAAUGCUGCACAUGAUGGAGAGGGGAUUAAUUUUAAUCACAUUGGAAUCAAUACGGCCACAGCAGCGGUCUUCAUUGCCGGUGAAAUGGCCGGAAGUGGAGUCUUAGCUCUCCCGAGGGCCCUCGUCGAUUCAGGAUGGAUCGGGCCAGUUCUUUUAAUAGUUCUUUGUCUUGUGGCCUGUUACGGUGGCACCAGGUUGGGCGCCUGCUGGACCCUGUUGGAGGAGAGGUACCCUGAAACUUAUCCCAAACACCUGCGGACUCGAAAUCCGUAUGCUUGCAUUGCGCACAGGGCUCUUGGGAACUGGGGCAGUCGAAUUGUCUCAGGGAGCAUCCAGAUAACCCUUUUUGGCGCUGGAACGGUGUACCUAAUUUUAGCCUCGGAAUUGCUCAACGACCUUACAAAGUAUCUCCUGCCCUUUGGUCCGUGCAGCUGGGUCGUAAUUCUAGCCGCCUUUCUCCUCCCUGCAAUGUGGCUCGGAUCCCCAAAAGAUUUUUGGGGAGUUGCAGUCGGUGCCUUGUUGACGACGGCCUUUUCCUGUCUCCUGAUGUUCACUCAAAUGGUGAUUGAUGGACUCCAGUUGGAUUACCACAAGGACACCAAGCCUCACUCCUUUAGCAAAUUCUUCAUGGCUUACGGCACAAUUGUGUUUUCAUUUGGCGGCGCCUCAACAUUCCCGACUAUUCAAAACGACAUGGUUGACAGAAGCAAAUUUCCAACCAGUGUCAGCGUUGGAUUUUUCCUAAUAUUAAUUCUGUACCUGCCUGUGGCAAUCGGGGGCAUGCUUAUUUACGGAGAGGCCGCCAAUCCAAACAUCGCCCUGACCCUCGGGGACAGCUGGCUGAUGGAUGCAGCCAAUUUGCUUAUGGCGUGCCACCUAAUUUUGGCCUUCCUCAUAGUUACCAACCCUGUUAGUCAAGAACUGGAGCAUAUCAUGAAUGUUCCUCACGAAUUUGGGCGGCAGAGAUUGUGGCUGCGGUCCGGACUGAUGCUUGGAAUGGUUUUUAUGGCAGAAAGUAUUCCACAAUUUGGAAAAAUUUUGUCUCUCGUAGGAGGUUCUACCGUCACCCUCCUCACCUUUGUGCUGCCUCCCUUGUGCUACAUGAAAUUGUGUGACCAAGUCGGACCCUGGCCUCAAGCACCGCCUAUUUCACUUCAUGAGAGAGUUUUCAUGUACGAAAUGAUAUGUCUUGGAGUUUUAGGUGGUUCCGUAGCAUCAUACAACGCUCUUUUGUCGAUUUUCUCACCGAAUUCCUUUUCUCGUCCUUGCUAUUUCAACUGGUGGUGAACAUUGGUAUAAACUUUACGAGCUUGAAUCAAAGUGCAUUGGUGCCAUUUUUCAUCGAAAUAAGUUUUCUCGCACUUGCAAUCUUUUGCCUUUGACACCUAGUCUUCUUUAGGAGAUGUUCUGACAUUUUAGAAAUGUCCUUAUCUUAUUAUUUUUGAACAAUUCAAUAUUGAAUUAUUGUGAUGGUUUUGGUGAAUUAAGAGCUAAAUAUUGGCUCUCCAAUUUGAAGUCAAAAUUGAUAAUAUUCUGGAUGUGAUGACAGAAUCAGGACCGGCUACGUUUCGAUGUCUUAAAACAAAGUAUAGUGAUUUUAUAUACUGCUCUGAAAUGUUUAGUUUUGAUGAAAUUCAAUGAUGAUCUUAUUGAUCUUUCAUACUUAAAUAUGAAGUUUUGUUAUUGAGAAAUAUUUUACUUUUGAAACACAACAUUCCCUGCCAAACGAAGUAGAUAUUAAAUUUAUGCUUUUAAAAAUAAAAGAAAAAUUUAAUAUCUUUGAUACGACUUUACAGAUUAAUGGCGAAUAAAAUUAUUGUGCCAAUUAAUAAACUACAUGCAGCUUUUUU